AUGACUAAUUCACAAGACCUAAAAAAUAAACUCGGUGAAACCACCGAACAAAUCGAAGCCGUAAUUACUCCUCUUUAUACUAGUUUAAAAUCCUACCAAAGAGGUUUAAUUUUAAUUGCUCUUGUUGCUUUGUUAAUCUUUACCAUCUACUAUCUCACUAAAUCUGAACCAAAAGUAUCGGCUAAAAAAGAAGCCCAACAAAAGAAACAGCAACAACAGCAAAUGUUCCUUUUACUCUUAUUAGCAGCUGCUGGUGCUUAUUACUUUAUGGUUUAUUUACCGGAGGAAGAAAGGAAAGUUUUAGAAAAUCAAAUUCAAACUAAAUUGGAUGAAGUGAAAAAUAUUAAACCAGAAGAGCAUUCUAACAUUCCUACUUUAUUAACUGCUUGUCAAGCUGAUCGAGAAGUAAAGAAGAUCUCGGGUGUUUUAGCUAAUGAAUACAAAGAAGAAGCCGACUUAUUCCAAGGAAAGAAAUUUGACUUUUCUCGUAGUGCUACUUACACUAUUUAUUUUCCCCCUGCCUUGAAAGAAUAUUAUGAAAAAGGCAAAUCGACAGGAGAUAUUAACUCAGUUGCCAACCCGACCAGAGGCAUUCCUGAUCCAAAUACAAAAAGAGACAAUAAUGCUCUUUUUUAUGGAGCACCUGGCACCGGCAAGACUGCCACUACCCAAAAUAUCUGCUUUAAGGCAAAUAAAUAUCCCUUAGUAGAAAUAAAAGGUUCUUCUUUAACCCCACGAAUAAAAGUAAAAAUGAAUGUUGCUGAGAAGUUUUAUUAUACUCUUAAUGAAUGUAAUCAGAUAAGUAAUAAUGCAAUGGCUUUUGAUGCUAAUAAAUUACAAUUCAUUAAAGAUUGCUUGGGAUGUAGUGAUGAUCGGAAAAAUGAAAGUCAUAAUCUUUGGAUUUUUGCCACUAAUCACUUAGACCAAAUCGAAGAGGCUUCUUACCGAGCGGGAAGACUAAGUAAUGCUUUAGAUUUUAACUUAUUUAUUAGCACCAAUCCCAAUGCUAUCCUUAAAGAAGAAAUUGAAAUCGAAGAUGAAAAUGGAAAAUUUAAAUCUGCAAAGAAACCCAAAACCGAAGAGGUAUUAAAUGAUAGUCUGCCUGAGAUGUCUAAUACAUUACUUGACUCUUCUAAUAAUUUGACCAUUAGUUUAGAAAAUAUAACAGAGCAAUUAAAAGGAAUUAUGCAGCAGAUGGGAUCAUCAUCCUCAAAUACAUUGAUUCAAGACGACAUCCGCGAACUCCCAACGGUUGCCACCGCUGUGGUCACUGGUGGUGCUUCACUAGUUAUCCAAGCUGCCGCCAUUGGUGGUGCUUAUUUAGUAGGUUCUGCCUUAGAUGCUGACCGCAAACAAAAAGAACAAGAAGAUAAAAAACUAAACUUAGCUGGAAAAGCAGGUGAAGUAGUCUCUGGUCAAGUAAAUGAUUUACAAAACCGGAGAAAUAAAGUCGUUCAAGAAUCCGAAGAACUAAUCAAAGAAAUGCAAAAGCACAAGGCUAAGUUAAAUGACCCGAAUGCUACUCCGGAAGAAAAAGAAUUAGCCAAAAAGAUGAUCCCCAUUAUCCAAACUCAGUUAGAUGACAAAACUAGAAUCAUAACUGACUAUGACAAAAAAAUAGCAGAUUUAUUAAAAAACAUUCCCGGAGUAGAUAAUAAAAAAGGAGGAUUGAUUAAUUUAGAAAGCAUGGAUCCUCAAACUAAAAUGAUAAUAGGAGUCAUUGUUUUUUUAGUAAUUUACUUUGCUUUCAUUAAAGAGAAAGAAAAAGAUUAA